AUGUCGAGUCUUGAUAGUUACUACACUGCGGAAACAUCGAAGCAGGUAAAUCGAACGACCACAAGGCAUACAACAUGUCUGAGACCUUGCCUAACUCCGUAUGCUUCAGAUGAUGGUUUCUUCGUGCGUGGCGUCACAGCCAACACCGCCUCUCAACCGGACAAGCCAGCUCCUCGGCGCAAGAUGGUAAUCAUCUCCGUGCUCAUCGAGCAUCCCACUGAAGGUCUCAUCCUGUUUGAGACCGGUGCCGGGCAAAAUUACCCUGAAGUCUGGGGUGCACCUACCAAUGACAUUUUCGCUCGAUGCGAUUACACCGAGGAGCAUGAGCUACCAGCUCAAAUCGCCAAGACUGGCCACGAAAUCAAGGACGUGAAGGCUGUGAUCAUGGGCCACCUGCAUAUCGACCAUGCUGGCGGUCUGGAGAACUUCAAGGGCACUGACGUCCCAAUCUAUGUUCACGAGAAGGAGAUCAAGCAUGCUUUCUACUCCGUCGCUACCAAGUCUGAUCUGGGUGUUUAUCUACCCAAGGACUUGGAUCCGAAUUUGAACUGGAAGGCAGUACAUGGUAGCUUUUUGGAACUCGCUCCUGGCAUUAAUUUGAGGCAUUCUCCGGGACACACGCCGGGAUUAAUGAUCAUGCAAGUCAAUCUUAGGGAGAGCGGAACCUGGAUUUUCACGACGGAUCAAUACCAUGUUCACGAGAAUUACGAAGCAGACGUGCCCCAGGGCUGGCUGGCUCGUGACCAUGAUGAUUGGGUCGCUUCUCAUCAGAUGAUCAAAGCUUUGCACAAACGCACCAAAGCAAACAUGGUCUAUGGGCAUUGCGCAGAAACAUUCUGGAAGUACAAAGUCGCGCCGCACGCAUAUCAGUAA